GGUUUCGGAAAUGUUUUAACUCUUUUAUCGAAAAAUCAGUCACUUGUUGACUAUUGAUCAUGGUCUAAAGCAAAAUGUUAUUUAGCUGAACAUGUUUUCUCAUCGUAUUCGAUUGUUCAGUUCAGUUUGCUCUAAAAGUUCGCUGAUAUUCUCCAAUGGUGGUGAUGCCUGGCUUCCUGCUGGUUGUUGUAAACACUUUUCCAAAAUAUCAGUGAAGGAGUCUGAAAGCACUCAUAGUUCUAAUCAAGUGAAGUCGGAAAGUUUUUAUAAUAAUACCACACAACCAUUUCACUGUCCCUCAAAUAUUCAACCACCAAGAUUAAAACCCAAGUCAAGUGAUGAAACGCCUUUGGAAUUGAAAUAUCGAAAAGUCUAUGAAGAAACUUGGCGUUGGCUGGAUGAAUACUGGUCUGCAUACAAUCUUUCCUACUUAAAGGCAAAGAAUGCAUUUCUGGCAAGACAGAACAUGAAUAUCAAAGAUGUUAAAGCUGAUGAUUCAUGUGAACGUAAAGUAGUUACUGAUCUGGGGGCAUUCCAUCGGCAGUUUUUGGAGGAGAACAAACAGAAGAGGAUUCACUUUAACCUUCAAUGGUACCGACGUAUUGCUUAUAUUGUAUACCUCAGUAUUUUGGUCGAUUUCCAACAGGUCUACAAUCGUCUUCAUUAUAAGUUAUUUCCAAAACAAAAAGAUUUGAAAAUAUCAGUGGUAAAGAAGGGCGACGGGAAAGUUACUUAGUCAAUUAGCAGCCUUGUUUAACUACUUGUAAUUUCUUUUUGUACAUGCCUUUUUUAGAUGACAAUAAAUAUUUUUCAAGUACUUCAUAUUGGC